AAAAAACAAUAGUAUGUAGUGAGAAUAAUAACAAUUUUGAAUAAAAUAAUUUUCUUCAAAAUAAAAAAAUCUUAAAGAAAAUGGAACAAAACGCGAGGGCAGGAAUAUACAAUGAGGCAACCAAAGAGCUCAACUUAACGCAGCAGCACUUAGAAGCAGUACCAACAGAUGUUAUCAACGGCUACGGUGGCUGUACCGAGUACCUUGACCUCAGUCGCAACCGCAUUUCGAAGUUAGAUUGGAUUUAUCGCUUCGAUCGCCUUAAAGUGCUGAUAUUGGAUAGCAAUCGUUUGCAUGAGGGCCAUUUUCGUCAACUCAAGAAGCCGAUGGAAAGUCUUCGAGUUUUGAUAUUAAAUAAAAAUGAUUUCAGUGAUCUUCAUACAACAGUUAAUAUUUUAAGUUCACUAUUUCCGAACCUGGAGUACCUGAGUUUGCAUGGCAAUCCCAUUUGUCCAGAUGGUUUAGAGUUGAUGCCAUUUUGCCAUAAUAUUUCCUACGAAUACGAUUAUUAUAGAACUGUGAUUUUAAAUUCUUUUAAUAAACUUAAAUUCCUGGAUCAUUCUUCUGCGCAACUACGUCAUAUUUCUCCAAGUGAUUUGGCACAAGAACAAGCACGCAUUUUGACAUUUACACCGAAAAUGUUGUGGGCAAAAAUGAAGGGAUUUCUGCCAAGUAAAACUCUACAUCCAUUACCGAAUUAUAACAAUGAAAAUAAUGGACAACAUUGUGGUACAAUAAGAAAACUAUCUGUUUCAGAGUGCAUCUAUAAAGGCACCAAUUCUGAAGGAAACAGAUUUAUAUCAAAUAAUGACUUGUAA